GGCGCAUCGCCCAGACGCUCCAACAACCGAGUAUGGAGUCGGAACCUUCUCUCAAAAACAAGAUCCUCGUCAUUGGACAUCCCGGAGUGGGAAAGUUGGACCUCGUCAAAAAAAUCCUGGGACACAAUGAUCGGACAGAACGACUGGGAGCGGGACCACAAACUACUGUACCGCCCCUUUGUAUACCCAUGACACUUGAUACAAAGUACUAUACCGCCGAAGUGGUAUUCUGGGUUGACUCUAUAUCAACCGCGAAAGAGGAAGAGCCAAAAUCAGCGGAAUGGUCGGUUGUGGCACACGCUAUCGAUGGGUUUAUAUUCGUAUACGAUCGGCAAAAGCCUGACACGUUUGAGCCUUUACGAGUGUGGACACCGUUCCUGGCAGAAAACACGCCUAGCGUCGCUCUCUGCAUUGCCAACGUGAUCCAGGGUUCAACAGCAACCACACUUUCUCAUCUUGACUCCCAUAAAGAAUUCUGCAUCGAAAAUGGUAUAGAAUUUGUUGACCUACACCAACUUGAAGGCACACCUUCCUCGAUCGAUGCAUUUGAAGACCGCGUGGGAUUUGAACGCAUAAUUGAGGCGUUGGAGAGUAACAUGUGGGAUGGGAUGGUACGAAAGCGUGCCGUACAUGAUCGUGAAAAAAUACAAGAAAAGACUGAAGUUGGGCUCGUGGAUGACGACCAGACAAGGUUUGCAGAUCUUUCACUAGAAGAGAUGCCAUCGAUCUUAGACAUUUCUCAAACGCGAGCUAUGAUAUUUCGAAAACUGGAAACUAACGCACCUGAAGACGAUUCUGACGAUGAUGGGUUUGAACAUGCGCUAAAAACUCUGCAAGGCUUCCGAGAGUAUGGCCAAGCACUACCAGAUGCAGAGCGUAGAGCACUGGCCGCGAAAGUUGCAUGUGCGGUUGCUGGCAUAGGGUUACUAGAUGACGAUGAUGAGGACAUCGACGACACCACUUGAAAGAUCCAAUUUCUGCUUCAAGAAAUGAAGGCUUGAAGGAACCGGCAUUUGUUUAUAUAUAUUGUAUACAAGGG